CCAAAAUAUUUCAGUUGCGAGCGGACCUCUGCACGGAGUAGAACAAAAAAUAAAAAAAAAUCAAAUAAAAAAUACGAUCCAACAGUCCGCGGAAGAAAUUUUUUUUUACUUUAUUUUUUCAUUCCCCCGUUUAUUUUUAUUUUUAUAAUUUUAAAACAACUUUUCGCCGAUGAAUUUAAUUUCGUUGAGAUAAAGUGAAAUUAAAAUUUUAAAUUUUUGUUCUUUACUAAAAAAAAUUCAAUAAAAGAAAAAGCAAAGAAAAUCAAAUAGAAAUCAAUUGAGUUAAAUUAAAUAUAAAAUGCAUUUUCCGCGUUUAAAAUCUCUACUGACUUUGGUCAUUUGUUCUUUAUUUGUGCUGAGUUUUCCCGAAAAUGUGAAUUGUGCUAACAAGAAAGGUUCAACGAAUAGUAAUCCAGCUCCCGCUGCACCCCUUGAACCCGAAGCCGUUAUCGAAGAAGUCAAUGCCAAGCAAUUGGAAAAACUUUUGGCUGACAAGGAUUAUGUAGCGGUAUUUUGGUAUGCUCGAAGCUGUGUUACCUGCGAUAAAGUGUUAGCCGAACUCGAAAAAAUCGACGAUGACACCGAUUCAUUUGGUGUUGAUUUUGUUAAAAUCAACGAUAAACGUCUAGCUAAACAAUACGGCAUUAAGAAUUUCCCAGCACUUACAUAUUUCAGGGAAAAGGAACCAAUUAUCUAUGAUGGUGAUCUUAUGGAUGAAGAAGGUGUUUUAGAUUUCUUAACAUCAUUGGAGGCCAUGGACUUGCCCGAUCGUAUUGAGGAAGUUAAUGCUAAAAUCUUAUUAAAAAUCAUUGAAGAUACCGAUUUCGUGGCAGUAUUGUUCUGUCCUGAUCAUGCCACCUGCCCACCCAGAAUCAUGGACAAACCACAAUGUCGUAAAUGUUCCAAGGCAUUGCAAGAAUUGGAAAAUAUUGACGAUGAAGCCGAUCAAUUGGGCAUCGGUUUUGUUAAGAUCCAUGAUGAAGCAUUAGCGGAAGAAUACAAUCUGGGCAAUUUGCCAGCAUUGGUCUACUAUAGACAUCAGACACCGAUCAUUUACGAAGGUGAAUUGUCACGCGAAGAAGAUGUAUUAGAGUGGUUGGUGCAAAAUAAAUCCACCGGCGAUGAAGAUGAUGUCAUUGAGGACGUUACUCCUAAAACACUGGCCACCCUUAUCAGCAACAUCGACAAUUUGGUAGUUUUGUUUUAUGAUCAUGGAAAUGAUGAUUCUAUGACCGUUUUGGAAGAGCUAGAACAAAUUGAUGACGACUGCGAUAAACAUGGCAUACAAUUCGUAAAAAUUGAUGAUGCCAGGACCGCAGAAGAAUUCGGAAUCGAUUCGAUUCCGGCUAUAGUUUAUUUCGAAAAAGAGAUCCCCAACAUUUAUGAUGGUGAUCUCAUGGAUGAGGAACAAAUAUUGCAUUGGCUGGUCUCCCAGUUGGAACAUGAUGAAAUCGAAGAUGUCACCGAUGAAAUGCUCGAUAAAAUGGUUAAAGAGGGUCGUGUUCUAGCUGUACUAUUCUACGAUAACAAUGAUGAAAAAUCCGAAAAGGUUUUGGAGGAAUUGGAAAACAUUGACGAUGAAUGCGAUCAAUUGGGCAUUACAUUCGUUAAAAUCGAUAAUCCCGAGGAGGCCUUAGAAUAUGGCAUCAAUAAAGUUCCUAAACUCAUAUACUUUGAAAAAGGCAUUCCAACCAUUUACGAAGGCAACCUAGAGGAUGAACAGAAACUUUUGAAAUGGCUAGAAGAACAAACCAGCUCCGAUCAAAUCGAAGAUAUCACCGAUGAAAUGUUAGAUUUGAUUAUAGAAAAAAUGGCCCACGUAGCUGUGCUCUUUUACGACAAGGAUCAAAAGAAAUCCCAAAAGGUUUUGGCUGAAUUGGAAAACAUUGAUGAUGAAUGUGAUCAAAACGAUAUUGCUUUUGUUAAAAUCGAUGACGACAAUGAAGCCAAAGAAUGGGGUAUCGAUGAAAUACCCUCAAUAGUUUUAUUCGAACGUGGCAUUCCUCACGUCUACGAAGGUGAUUUAAUGAAAGAAGACGAAUUAUUGGGCUGGUUGGUUCAUCAAAAGCGUUAUUCGGAAAUUCCUGAAGUUACCGAUGAAAUGAAGGAUAAAUUGGUUGAAAAUACUGAACAUUUGGCUGUUAUAUUCUACGACAAGGAUGAUAAACAAGACAUUCGCAUUUUGAAUGAAUUGGAAAAUAUCGAUGAUGAAUUGGAAAAGGAAGGUAUUGUUAUUGUACGCAUUGAUAAUGCCGCCGAAGCUAAGGAAUACGGUUUGGAUCAUUUGCCCGCUUUGAUCUAUUUCGAAAACAAGAUCCCUGCCUUGUACGAGGGUGAUUUGAUGAAUGAAGAUGAAGUUUUGGAAUGGUUGAUCUUGCAAAAGAAAACCGCCACCAUUGAAGAAGUCACCGAUGAAAUCCUUACCAAUUUGGUUAACGAUCAUGAAUACGUUGUAGUCUUCUUCAGUGGCCCCUGUGAACCAGGCGAGAAAUGCGACAAGACUUUGAAUGCUUUGGAGACCAUCGAUGAUGAAUUGGAUGAGACUGGCAUUAUUUUUGUGACCACCGAAGAUACCGGCAUUGCCAAGAAACUCAACAUUAAAUCGUAUCCCCAAUUGGUGUUCUUUAGAAAUCGUGAUCCUUUGCAUUUCACCGGCGAUUUGGAAGACGAAGAUGAAGUUCUCUCUUGGAUUACCGAUGAAGAUACUCUAGAAAUUCCCGGCAAAAUUGAAGAUGUCAAUGUUAAGAUGUUGGACAAGAUUUUGGCUGAAAAUGAACAUGUUGUUGUAUUCUUCUAUGAUGAAGAUGACAAGAAAUCGUUGAAGAUCUUAAAUGAAUUGGAAAAUAUCGAUGAUGAAUGCGAAGAAAAGAACAUUGAUUUUGUCAAGACCUCAGACGAUGAUGUCGAAAAGGAAUACGAUUUGCCCGGUUUGCCUGCUUUGGCUUUCUAUAGAAACAAAUUCAGAACUAUUUACACUGGCGAUCUUAUGAAGGAAGAAGAAAUCUUGGAAUGGGUUCUUGAAUUGUACGAAUCUACUGCUGAUGUUAUUGAAUCUGUCGAUCGUAAAACUUUGCAAGUUUUGAUCAAUGAUGUUGAACAUUUGGCUGUGUUCUUCUAUGAUGACAAAUGUGUGUCUUGCCAGGGUAUUUUGGAAGAAUUGGAAAAUAUCGAUGAUGACACCGAUAAGCAUGGCAUUCAAUUUGUCAAAUCAAAUGAUGUUAAGUUGGCCCAUGAAAUUGGCAUUUUCGCCUUCCCUGCCUUGGUUUACUACGAAACAGGCGUUCCAAUCAUGUAUGACGGUAAUAUGGAAGAUGAAAAUGAGGUAUUCAAAUGGAUAUUGGAACAAAAAGCCGAUGAAAGUAUUGAGUUAAUCGAUCGUGAAACUUUAUUUGAAUAUAUCGGCUCGAAAGACUUUUUGGCGGUAGUAUUUUAUAAAGAAGAUGAUCCCGAUUCCCCAAGAGUUUUACGUCACAUCGAGUUGAUCGAUGAUGAGGCCGCGGAAUAUGGUAUACAGAUUGUGAAAUGUCAUGACAAAUUAAUGGCUAAGAAAUAUGGUUUCCGUAAUCCACCCGGUAUUACCUAUUUCCGCAAAGGAAAAUAUAUUAACUAUGAUGGUGACAUUGAUGAUGAGGAAGAAGUUUUGGAUUGGCUAACAAGUCCUGCCAAUAUGGAAAUGACCGAUCAUAUUGAACAAGUCAAUCGUAAAAUGUUUGAAAAAAUACGCAAAUCUUCCGAUUAUCUAGCGGUGAUAUUUUACAGUGAAGAUUGCAAGCAGUGUCCACGUGUUUUAGCUGAGGUAGAGCAUAUUGACGAUGAGGCCGAUAAGGCGGGCAUUGACUUUGUUAAAAUCGAUGAUAAACAAAUGGCCAAGGAAAUGGGUGUAUUUGCUUUGCCCGCCAUUGUAUUCUUUAAGCCGACUUCUAAGGAACCAGUCAUUUACGCCGGAGAUCUUUAUGAAGAAGAACAAAUCCUCACUUGGUUACUCACGCAAAAGGAUCCAAGUGGAGAUGUUAUCGAAGAUCUUGAAGGCGAAAAACUUAUUAAUUUAAUUGAAGAAUCUGGUUCCAUUGCUGUUUAUUUCUGGAACAAAACACAGUGUGACAUCUGCAAUUCAAAGGCAGCACGUAAAGCCAGACUGAAAAAAGAGAAGGAGCAACAGGCACAAGAUCCAGGAGCAGGGGCAGCAGCAGCUGCUUUUGCUGCUGCCGGCGCAGAGGGUGAGGGAGGAGAGGCAGGAGCUGAGGCGGCAGCUGGCAGUGAGCCAUCGACACCCACUUCAUCUAAACAACAUGAAGAGGAUACGGAUGGCUGUGAAACUUGUACCAAAGUGUUGGAAGAACUGGAAAACAUUGAUGAUGACUGUGACAAACAUGGCAUUAAGUUUGUAAAAACCAAAGACUUUUCAGUAGCCGAUGGUUAUGGUGUACACGAUUAUCCAGCUCUGGUGUACUUUGAAAGCGGUAUACCAAAUGUUUUUGAAGGUGAAUUACAAGAAGAAGAGGAAGUCUUACAAUGGCUUAUCACCCAAAAGACCGAAGAUCGCAUUGAAUUGAUCACCAGACAAAUGUUGGAAACCAUGGUAGAGGAAACACAAUAUUUAGCUGUUUAUUUCUUACCACCUGAGCGCAAGGGCCAUAAACAACCUGCUUAUUGUAGAACAUAUUGUGUACCCAUGUCCAAUAAUGAAGUCAACUUUAACAAUUCCUCCUCGAAUACCCAUAAAUCCAAACAAUUCCUUAAGAAUUACAUUUCACGCAAAAGAAAACGUAUCGAAAGUCAAGAUAAAAUCAAUUGCAAUAUUUGUGAUCAAAUUUUGGAGGGUCUGGAACUGAUCGAUGAUGAAUGUGAUGUUUUUGGUAUACACAUGGUUAAAAUACAGGAUCCACAACUAGCAAAACGUUAUUCUAUUAAAACAUUCCCAGCUUUGGUUUACUUCAGAAAUGGCAAUCCCUUGUUAUUCGAGGGUGAUUUGCAAAAUGAACAGUCGGUUUUGGAAUGGCUUAUCGAUGAUGACAAUCGUGAAUUGGCCGAUGAAAUUGAAGAGGUCAAUGAGCGUAUGUUGGAGAGAUUAAUGGCUGAAUCCACUUUAUUGGUGGUAUUCUUUUAUGAUGAAGAUUGUGCUGAAUGUGAGGAAAUUUUGGAAGAAUUAGAGGAAAUCGAUGGUGAAGCAGAUAUGUUUGGCAUUGAUUUCGUUAAAAUUGCUAGUGUUGAAGCUGCCAAAAAAUACGAUGUUGUAAAUAUACCUUCAUUGGUGUACUUUAGAAAACAAGUUCCUGUUUUAUACGAUGGUGAUCUCCACCAACACGACAAGAUCAUAACAUGGUUGACAUCACAAGAUGUUUUCGAAAUUAAAAACGAAAUCGAAGAGGUCAAUCGUAAAAUGUUGGAUAAACUGCUAGAGGAAAAUGAAUUUAUAACAGUAUUUUUCUAUGAGCACAAUCAACAGGAAUCAAUUGCUGCAUUGGAAAAAUUGGAAAAUAUUGAUAGUGAAACGGAUAAUUUGGAUAUAACAUUUGUCAAAAUGGCCGAUUCCCGUUAUGCCAAGAAAUGGGGUGUUACCAAACUGCCAGCUAUGGUCUACUUCAGAAGAAGAUUCCCUAGCAUUUAUAGAGGUGAUCUCCUAUCUGAAGAUGAGGUUUUAGAAUGGUUGCGUAAAAAUCGUUUCCGCCAGCCCGAAUUGAAUAUAUUCAUGUAUGCCUUGAUAGCCUUGUCUGUGGCCUUUGUCAUGUACACCGCCUUUUUAUUACAAUGUUUUAAACCAGCACCACCACCGCCACCACAACAUCCCAAACAAUCGUGAUAUGUUUUAGCUGUGGCUUAAAGGAUUAAUUUAUUAAUUUGUAAACUAAUUUUUGAUUUUUGUUAACAAACUUCAAAAAGCUAAACUUUCUUUUUCUUCUUGCUAGAGAACAAAAACACAGUUGUACCACAUUGACGGUGUUUUUUUUAACUCUUGAAAUUAUCAUUCAAUUUAACGAAAAUUUUAAUUAACAUUUGUUUGCUCUUUCUUUUAUAAAUUGAUCAUUUAUGAUAAACAAAAAAAAAAACUAGCACAUUAUCGGGACUCUUUUAAAUUUUACUCUUUUAAAAACAAUUUCUCUUUUUCAUUGCGAUUUUCUUUCUUAUAAUUUUCAAGCAACUAACGAACGACAUUUAAAACUUAAUUUAAUUUUAAUUAGCGAAUCAUUUUUACUUACUAAACUGCUCAAGUAUACUUGGUAAACAGAAAAAUUGUCUACGAAUUCUAAGAAUUUGUUUAAAAUAAUUUUGAUUUUGUUUUACAAAGUUUAUAAAGAGUUAGAGAAUAAGAGAGUCCUUUUUAGUUUGUUUGUGACACAUAGGCGGUUUAGCGGUAAACCGACUAACACAAUAAAACACAAACUUUCUAAAAUAGUAAAUGACUUGACUUCAUUUUAAUAUAUUUUUUUUUUUUUUGAUUAAUGUGUUCCAAAUAUUUAAAGACCCAUACUUUAUUUUCAAUGUUUUCGAACUCAAACUAGGCGAAAAGUUACUAAAGAAAUUAUAACAAAACAACAACAACAAACUACCAAAUAUGUAUGUAUAAUUUUAAAUGUAAAAACAACGAUUUAGAUAUUUCGAUAUAAAAUAAAUAAAAUAUAAAUAAUAAACAAAAACAACAAAUUGAA